GAAUGUGAAUGAGUUUCAAUAUCUUCUUGAAUUGCUUUAAAUACUACAUCGCUGUCGAUUUCGACACUUAGAUUCAUUUGUCCAACCGGCAUCCUAAGCCACCUCAAUGCCUCCCGGAGUCCUGUUGCUUCAUCCAUUUGUGCAUCUUCCAGCCGCCCUAGUCCGAAAGCAUAAACGAAUGAAUACAGAAGGAUUAUUUGAUCCUAACAUGGAAGAAACUGCCAGGGCUUCACACGUUCGUGAUCGCCCGGAGAAUGUUGCUUUCGUAACCCGUGCCAAUCCUGCCGAGGGUCAUCGUGACAAAAAUGUGACCUACGGCUACUGCAAGAAACUCGGCCAUGACAAGGAUAAUUGCUUCCAGUUGCACGGAUAUCUCGAAGGAUGGGGGUCGCGCACUCGUGGUGGAGGAGGUCGGGGCCGUAGCCGUGGUCGAGGAUUUUCCUCUGGACGUGGAGCAGGACCGGCCAUGGCCCAUGCAGCAACUGUGACUCCCGUCCAUGGUGGCGGCCAAGAACCAGCAGUGACUACCGUCCCUACUCUUACGGCGGAACAAUGGGAUACUUUCCAGUCCUUACUUGCGUCCGUCAAAGAUGGUUCUACUGAAAAGUUGUCAGGAUCAGCCCCUGCUGCUCUUGAAUUCAGGUACAUUGAUGAUGAUGAUCAUGCACGCUCGAACAACAUUUUUUGUGCUGGCCCUGAUCCUGUGCGUGAGAAUCCGGCAGACUCCACUGCCAGUAGUGGAACCGAGAACAGCAGGGCAGCCGAUAACAGCAUGGCAGAUCCUCCGCAGCUGCUGUCCAUUCCCCCGACGUUUGAGACCAGCGGCACCAUGGCGUCCUUCGCUGCUCCACGUGCAGACAGUGAGUUGGGCCGUGGUCAUCGUUCGAGAACUCCAAAUGUGCGGCUGCAAGAUUACGUCACAUACAUCGUAACUACGGACAAUCACUCAUGCCAGUAUCCGUUGACAAAGUUCGUUGAUUAUGCACGUUUCUCAGACUAUCACCGGAGUUAUUUGGCGAAGAUUGAUUGUGAUACUAAACCUAAGUCUUAUCGAGAGGAACUGAUGCAAGCUUUUGAUGAGUGCCAACGGGACCUUUUUCGGACCAUUAGCAAGAAAAAGGAACUCAAGGUAGCCCCUUGAAGCAUCUUGGAAAGAAAACAAAUUUUUAAAAACCAAUCUCGAAAAGCUUCAAGGACAAAAUGAAGAUUUUCAAGAACAAAUUGAAACUGUGUUA